GAAUGUCGAUGACGUCACGUACGCGACGUUGCUCGCUGCCGAAAUAGAAAGUGAACAUUUCUAGUUUAAGCAGAGAUUUCACGUGUAAAUUGUCAUAAUCUGGUUUUUUUUUUAAAUUGUCCAUCGUAUUUCCUCUCCACUUUAUUGAUUUCUGCUAGUUUUAUGCUGAGCUGUGCGCUUUUUGUUUCCACUAGGAAUUAGAGUCAAUGUUGAUAUUUGACGGGCAUUCUCUAAUUCCAACCGGAGCCAAUUUGGCCAUAGGGUCCAGUAUGAUGUUAAGCCUUAAACCGUGCCUUAGGUCUGUAUUACCAUUUAUUAAUCAAGGAUCUUUAGCGUUCCUUCUCUUGCCUUACACAGCACACAUUCAGCGGACCAGGGACUGGAGCUCCAGCCAUGAAUUGAGCAGAAGCAACAGUAGACAGGACAAAUUGAAAAAUAACACAAUCAAACAAAGGACACAUGAGUUGUGGGACAGUGUGGCUGAUGGAGGAGGCAAGAACCUUCGGCAAAAUGCUUCCAUCCCCAAAUCCGUGUUCGCUGCUGGGACGGCGAAGAGGACAGCAGAGAUGCUGAAGAGGAAGGCGGGUGUUCUCCCUGAGGAGAAUCAUCAUAAGGAGCCUGCGAGGAGGACAUCUGAAAGGAGAGGAAAGCUGCAACCUCCCGACCAGCCGCUAUCUGUCGAGGAGUGGAAGGAACUGAAAGAGUCUCUGGGAAGUCCAGAACGAUUUGACAUUGGCAUGUUGUGUACACUGAUGAACUCUGGGGCGGAGUUGGACAUUGCCAAGUCUCUGCUUUCAUUUGUUGCCACAGAAACAGGAACCCUUUCCUACAAAAUCCUAUUGCAGUAUCUGACACUUUGCGUAAAGGCCGGCCAUGACCAAGAAGUAUUUGAUGUCUACGAUAUUAUGCGACAGAGCUUCCCCUCUUUGGAUCCCGGAGCUCAUAGCCUCUUUAUUCAGGCUUUCAGCCGCACACAAAGGUGGCGGGAAGCUCUCGGCCUCCUGCAAGACCUCAAAAAGGUUGUCAAGCCAUCACCUCGCAACUACGGGAACAUCAUCGCUGCAGCCAUGCAAAACGGUGAUCCCAGCGCUGCCUGGGCGCUUUAUGAUGAAUUAUUGGCAAAGGGUCUGAACCCACAGCAUGAGACUUGGGCCUGUCUGUUUGAGAGAACGGGUGGAGAGGAAGGAGAGAGCAUGUUGUCGAGGGAGCAGCAAGAGAGGCUGCUGGGAAUUCUGCUGUACAUGAGGAACAACCAAAUGUACCCGCAGUUGAGUCUGGCUCGCAGCAUCAAGACCUGCUUUGAAAGUUUUCCACAACAGAAGUGGAGAGGAACUUGGAGCAGUGCCUCGCCAAAGGGUGUGUGCAAGAGUUGUGGAACACACUUGGAAUCCAUUCAGCUGACUUCGGAGGAGUACCAACAGCUGAAACAGAAAGUCAUGAGUGACAUCAUCGAGGGGCGGGAUGUCUUCACCAAGACCACGCCAGAGGAGUUGGAGAGUUUCAAGGCAUUUGUAAGGACCAAACCAGUCUUUGACGUAGUUGUGGACGGUCUGAACGUGGCAAAUAUCACUAAAGACAGAAGCAAGCAAUCCGAGAUGUUGCUGGCCGUGGUGUCGGAGCUCAAGCUACAGGGCCUUUCUGUUCUGGUGCUGGGGAGGAAACACAUGCUGCGGCCCUCUGCGUCUUGGGACAGACACAACAUGAAGCUUAUCCAGCAGAAAGCUCAUUGCUUUUUUACCGACAACAUUUCUGAAGACGACCCUUUCCUGCUCUACGCCGCGUUGCAUUCGGGUAACCAUUGUCGCUUUGUGAGUAAGGACCUCAUGAGGGACCACAAGGCUUGCUUACCGGACGAAGCCACCAAGCGACUCUUCUUCAAAUGGCAGCGGGGCCAUCAGCUGGUUGUGCAUGGGCACAUUGUAGCGGGGAGGAGGGUCCGAUUUCAGAGCAUUCCCAGCUGUGACACCAUAGUGCAGACUUCAGGAGACACCUGGCACAUCCCCUACGACGACACAGACGAACGAAGCACGUAUGAAGUACCGCACAAAUGGCUGUGCCUUACCAGGAUUUCCUGAAAACAUGAUCAUUAAAACGGAUUCAGACAAAACAAA